AGCAAUUUGAUGACGUUUACAGGAGAGAGAACCAAGAACACUAAAUAAAUAGGAAAAUGGCAAAAACGCCAUGAGUCCAUGACGAAAGCAGAAAACGGGUUAAACAAAAAUUUCAACUGUGAAAUAUUGAUAAAGAAAAUGUAGCUAAAGGAAGCACUUCAAAAAUGAAUGCUUGACCUCCCAAUUGAUGCUAUAAGCACAAAGCCCAGCCAUUGGAUUACGCUUCAAUAAAGAAUCACCUUUCAGAUCAGAAGACAAAAAGAUGACAACAGCUUUUAUCAAAAACCAGUAAGCAAAGAUACUGCAGCAAAAACCUCAAUUUCUAGAGAAACUGAAGAAGAAAUGAAAGAGAACAUGGGUUGAUCCUCUUUUACGGUCGAAAUUCAGGAAUCAAUUACUCAAUAAUGACAAGCCCAUGAAAAACAGCUCUGUCUCUUUUGUACUUCUCUGGUCUGGUCUAGUCUCCCUGUUUGUUCGCACUCUUCGUCGCUUGUGUUAUAAGUUGUUGCGAACUGAGAUAUUUGCAUAUCGACUUUAUCAUCCAUGGCCGUCAUCUUCCCUAAAUUGAUUGCCUUUUAUCAGGAAUUGCAUAUAAUACUCUGUUUUAACGUUCUUGAUAGUGAUUGAUUUCAGAGGUCUCUUGUCUCUGUUUUUUUUUUUUUUUCGCUCUGCAAUCUGUACUCGUUCCAAAAAUGGCUUCUUUUUGUCUCAAACACUGAACCCUUUUUUAAACCCUCAAUCAAAAAUUCCACUUUUCUGCUUUUUGUUCUUUUAAUGGAUAAUAGGAUUGGAUUCUCUGAUUCGAACGAGAUCAGCAAUGGAAGCAGCACCUGUUGCAUAGAAACCCUCUCUACUCCAAACCCUCCAAACCCAGAAAUCUCUGCUCUUCAACAGCUCUCUAAAAGCCUUGAAUCCAUCUUUGACUCUUCAGAUUUUGACUUUUUCGCCGACGCUAAAAUCACAAUCUCCGCCUCUAACCGGGAGGUCCCGGUCCACCGGUGCAUUCUAUCGGCGAGAAGUCCUUUCUUUAAGGCAGUGUUUUCGGGUUCUGCAGCCAAAGAGAAAGGUCAAAAUUUUGAAGUGAAAGAGUUGGCCAAAGACUAUGAUAUUGGGUUUGAUUCGAUUGUAACAGUUUUGAGCUAUUUGUAUAAUGGAAAAGUGAGGCCGUUGCCUAAAGGCGUUUGUGUUUGCGUGGAUGAAGAUUGCUCCCAUGUGGCUUGUAGACCAGCUGUGGAUUUUAUGGUUGAGGUGCUAUAUGCUGCUUUUACGUUUCAGGUUCCUGAAUUGGUGGCUCUCUACCAGAGGCACCUUCUAGACAUUCUUGAAAAGGUUGCAAUUGAUGAUAUCUUGGUGGUUCUAUCUGUUGCAAAUAUUUGUGGUAAAGCGUGUGAGAAAUUGUUGACAAGAUGUAUUGAGAUCGUUGUGAAAUCAUAUGUUGAUAUUGUAACUCUUGACAAGGCAUUACCCCAAAACAUUGUAAAGCAAAUUACAGAUUCUCGUUUAGAGAUUGCUUCAGACACACCUCAAACCACAAGUUAUCCUGAUAAACAUAUAAAGAGAAUACAUCGAGCUUUGGACUCAGAUGAUGUGGAAUUAGUUAGAAUGCUACUGAAAGAGGCACAUACCAAUUUGGAUGAUGCUCAUGCUCUCCAUUAUGCUGUUGCAUAUUGCGACGCGAAGACGACCACUGAACUUCUUGAUCUUGGUAUUGCUGAUGUUAACUGUAGAAAUUUAAGGGGAUACACUGUACUUCAUGUUGCUGCAAUGCGAAAAGAGCCUAAGAUUAUAGUCUCUCUGUUAACUAAGGGAGCUCGACCAUCAGAUCUUACUUCCGAUGGCAGAAAAGCACUCCAAAUCUCAAAGAGACUUACUAGAGCUUCAGAUUACUAUAAAUCUAUUGAGGAAGGGAAAGCUUCUCCCAAGGAGAGAUUAUGUAUAGAGAUAUUAGAACAAGCUGAAAGAAGAGAUCCAUUGCUUGGAGAGGCUUCUCUUUCUCUUGCUAUGGCUGGCGAUGACCUGCGAAUGAAAUUAUUAUACCUCGAAAAUAGAGUUGGACUGGCAAAAAUUCUAUUCCCCAUGGAAGCAAAAGUUGCAAUGGAUAUUGCUCAAGUGGAUGGAACUAAUGAAUUUCCAUUAACUGGCGUCAAGAAUAAGAAUUUGGCUAGUACACAGACAACUGUAGACUUGAAUGAGGCACCUUUUAGAAUUCAAGAGGAGCAUCUGAAUAGGAUGAAAGCACUCUCUAGAACUGUGGAGCUUGGGAAAAGGUUUUUCCCUCGGUGCUCAGAGGUGCUGAACAGGAUCAUGGAUGCAGAAGAGUUAUCACAGUUAGCCUAUUUAGGAAAUGAAACUUCAGAGGAAAGACUCCAAAAGAAACAAAGAUUCAUGGAACUCCAGGAAGUUCUUACUAAAGCAUUUACUGAGGAUAAACAAGAGUUUGACAGGUCAACUAUAUCAUCUUCUUCUUCAUCAAAAUCUGUAGGGGCAGUGAGGUCCAAUAGUAAGUUCCUUACCAGGGGUGGUAAGGCUUAACCUAUUCUCUUGACUUAUAUUUGAUACUAAUAGGGCUAUAAGUUUUCUUUUUCUUGGUUUGUGUUAGUAUUAAUUAUGCUUUUAAUUCUUUUACUCUGCUCUGCAAUUCAUUAAUGGAAAGGUUGUUAUACAAAUAUAAAAUGCUUGUCUUUGUCAUUAGUCAAGGAGGUUGUUAUAAUUAUCCAUAACUUUGCUUCUUUAGGCAACAAAAUCUCACCUAAAUACUUUAAAACCAUUACAUUUUCUAUUAUCAUCUCGAACUUGCUACAAAGACCCACCACCAACUGUACAAUAUCGUAGCUUUCUCCUUUUCUGAACACGUGUCAUGACUUGCAGAUUGUUCUGUUUAAAGUUUGAACCUUCUGGUUAACAUUAACUAAUAAUUAUUUUAUUAGCUAAUCAUUUUAUCAGAGACUGUAUAUGUUAACUUUAUCACCUCAUAAGGGCAUAGCAAAUCAGAAAAAACCAAUUAAACCUCAAGUGCUAUUCCAUACUAUUAUGUAGUUUGAUACCCAAAGUCUGACUACUGAUAUUACAAAGUUUAAAACUUUUGAUGCAGGAUGAUAAAACUAUGGUAUUUACUGCGUGUGGGAAUAUUUACAGUCUAGAUGAUUCAUCAUUGGUGACAGAAUAAAAAGAAAAAGAAAAAGAAAAAAACGACUCAGGAAAUAUGAACAUGUAUGACCAUUGUCAAACACUAGCAUUUCCAAUGCGGGCUAGGAGCAGCUCAAAUGGAAGGGCCACCUGCCUGACAAUUCACAUCCUGCAACCAGUAUAGAAUUUGGUAUCAAUAUCUGCUAAUUAAGCAUGUAUACUUAUAACAGUCAAUUGCAAAUAAUGCAUAGAGAGAAGCAUAUAAAAGAU